UUUUUGUUGUUUUGAUUAUUUUUUAAGAUUUCCUCGUGAGACCGCUCACUGGUGCUAUAAGAUCUGUGAGGGUUGAUAAGAUUCGUAUGAAAUAAGUGGAAACUAACAAAAUGCGAAAUACACGUCCUUUUUUGUCAUUUUUUAAAACUACGUUAAUGGGGUGUCCGCGUUUCAGACAUUCCAUUCACUUAAAAAAAAGACAAAAAUCGAAAUAGGUGGGUGGGGGAGGUUUCACAGGAUAGCAACGAUAUAUGAACAUACAAUAGAACAUAAAGUAAAUGACAACUUGUCCAGUUUUGUUUGAAUUGAUUUGAAAGUAAACUCACUGGCCAGAUUGAACUCAAUUGUUUAUUAUUAGCACCGUAUGGUGUACUAGUAUAGAAUUGAGCACGUUUAUCUCGCAGUGCGAUUUAUGUUUGAAUCGCGACGCAGGACUUCCGGCGAGUAUUUUGCAUUGUCUUCCCAUGCGUGUGUAGGUUUUCUCCAGGUACUACAGUUUCCUGAGCACAUUUCAAAAACAUGCAUGUUUGGUCUACCAGGGACUCCAAAUUGUUCAAAGUUACCCAUGGGAGACGGUGAUCAAGGCCGCAAUGAGAAAGUACCCUAACCCCAUGAAUCCGCACGUGGUGGGCGUGGACGUGCUGGACCGCCGCCUGGAUGCAGAAGGACGCCUGCACAGCCACCGACUCCUCAGCACAGAAUGGGGCCUUCCUGCGAUCGUACGAGCGAUACUGGGAACCAACCACCUGCAAACAUACGUGAAAGAGCACUCCAUAGUCGACCCUGAGGAGAAAAAGAUGGAGUUGUGCUCAACAAAUCAGAUUACGCUUACCAACCUGAUCUCAGUGAAUGAGAAGCUCCGAUACACACCUCACCCAGACAACCCUGAGGUCACCAUCCUGACACAGGAGGCCAUCAUUACAGUGAAGGGAGCGAGUUUGAGUAGCUACCUAGAGGGCAUGAUGGCAAGGAGGAUGUCUGCUAAUGCCAGGAAGGGUUGGGAUGCUAUUGAAUGGAUUAUUCAGAACUCUGAAAGAGAAAAUAUUACUCUUUGACAUCUACUACCUCUGGACCGCCACACCAUAACUAGAGCAAGUGCUUCAGACUAAUACAUGGAGGAGUCUUUGUGGACUUCUCACACUGCAAACGGGCUUACCUGUGGAGUACAUACCCGAAGAGUGAUACUGGUGGAGGUGCGGUUCCAAUAUGACCAACUUCUGUUCCAAUAGCAAAGGACUUUGUGUGCAACAAAAUUAAUGACGGAAAAGAGCAUUCCUCUUAUUUUGAAUACCGGUAACCUUGAUCAGGAUGACCAUAUGGAUGUGAUGUGGAGAUACAAUCAUGAAUAAUAAGUGAUUGUAACACUCUCGCAGGUGAAGAGUCCUCAGAAAAAAAGCUGCUUUUGACAUAUUUAAAAUCUACAUCAAUUUGGCACGAUGAAGGUAUGAGGAAAUAAGUACGAUGAUUGCCGGGUUUGUAUUCUCAGAUGGCAAUGUUUUUUUUUUUUUUGUGUUCACAUGACAGAACACCAGCUCGUUUUUAACGCAUCGUCAGGCAGUGGUACCUCAAACGCUUUGCAACUGAGAUCAUGGGUGAAAACCCCCUUUGAGAGGGAGGGUGCAGCCUGCAAACUGCUUGGCCUCAUAACACUGCCUGUCUGAGUGAGUGUGUGAUCACUGGACCCUCAUGCCUUUGUAUAUGUUUAAGAACUACACUGCAGUCCAACCAAGUGAUUAUUGAUGAACAGUAUUACAGAGCAGAAAAUGCUUAAUACCGAAUAAGUGUCAAGAUUUUAUUACAACGUGUACAAGCAGUGAAUUGUGACAUGAUACACAUCCUUUGCGAAUGAGUUUAUUUGUAUGAUUAGUGCAACAAAUUAUUUGGUGUAACAUUUGCAGUCAUGACUACAUCAACGAUAUGUUUACUGAAGCAGACAUUUUUUCUA